AUGGCCCCAAGUACAACCACUGCUACAGACGCUACGGCAAUCGACGAUCCAUCCUCCAACGAAGAGAAUCAGAAUUCCUCCAAGCCAGUGUACGAGGAACAGAAUAACGAAGAUGACCCGGAACAUGGAAAUUCUACCCAGAGCAGUGCAUCUAACGGAGAUAGUGGAGGACAGGAUUUGGACCAGAUACAGAAGCUAGUUUCGCGGAUGUUCGGUCGGGAGAGGAAGGAAAAUUCGCAGGAAGAGAAAACGAGGCAUUCGGGCGUUGUGUGGAAGAAUCUCACUGUCAAAGGUGUAGGUGUGGGAGCCGUUCUUCAGCCGACGAUCCUUGAUAUUUUUCUGGGGAUACCGAGAUUGAUUAAGAAGCUUCUAACUAAGGGUAAGAAUGGUGCUGGUGCUGGGAAACCACCAACAAGGACAAUUAUCGACGGAUUUACAGGUUGUGUUCGCCCUGGAGAGAUGCUCCUUGUUCUUGGACGACCAGGCUCUGGGUGCUCUACUUUCCUGAAGGUCAUUGGGAACCAAAGGACCGGAUAUAAGGGUAUCGAGGGAGAUGUCCUUUACGGAGGUACUGAUUCAAAAACUAUGGCAGAUAAAUAUCGCUCUGAAGUGCUGUAUAAUCCAGAAGAUGACCUUCAUUAUGCAACCUUAACCGUGCGAGAUACUCUCAUGUUUGCUCUCAAGUCCCGUACUCCAGGCAAGGCAUCGCGCAUUCCCGACGAAAGCAGGAAAGAUUACCAGAGCACCUACUUGAAUGCCAUAGCAAAGUUGUUCUGGAUUGAACAUGCGAUGGGUACGAAGAUCGGCAACGAACUGAUUCGAGGAAUUUCAGGUGGCGAGAAAAAACGUGUAUCCCUAGGCGAGGCGAUGGUAACGAAGGGCAGUACACAAUGCUGGGACAACUCGACCAAAGGCCUUGACGCUAGUACGGCUCUUGAGUAUGUGCAAAGCUUACGAAGCUUAACAGACACUGCCGAAGUUUCUUCAUUAGUGGCUCUCUACCAAGCCUCCGAGAGCUUGUUUCGCCAAUUCGACAAGGUCAUCCUCAUAGAAGACGGCAAAUGUGCUUAUUUUGGUCGCACAGAGCAUGCGAAAGCCUACUUUGAGCGACUAGGUUUUGAAUGUCCCCCGCGAUGGACAACACCGGAUUUUCUGACAUCUGUCAGCGAUCCGCAUGCACGGCGCGUCAAGAGUGGAUGGGAAAAUCGGAUUCCGCGCUCUGCUGAAGAUUUCCAAAGAGCAUAUCGCAAAAGUGACAAUAUCAAGGCGGCCUUUGCGGAUAUUGAAGAAUUCGAAAAAGAAAUUGAGUCUCAAAGAAAUGAACGAGAAGCCGCCAGGAGUCAGCUAAAGAAGAAGAACUACACGAUAUCGCUCUACAAGCAAAUCAUCAUUCUCACUCGCAGACAGUUCCUUGUCAUGAUUGGAGACAGUCAGUCUCUGGUAAUUAAAUGGGGCGUGGUUGUUUUCCAGGCACUCAUUAUAGGAAGUCUAUUCUUCAACCUUCCACAGACCAGCAACGGGGUCUUCACUAGAGGCGGUGUCAUGUUCUUCAUUCUUCUCUUCAAUGCUCUACUUGCAAUGGCCGAACUCACAGCAGCCUUCCAGAGUCGGCCGAUUCUAAUGAAGCAUAAAAGUUUUUGUUUCUAUCGUCCAGCAGCUUAUGCCCUGGCCCAAGUCGUGGUCGACGUCCCACUUGUGUUUGUCCAGGUGGUGCUAUUUGAUGUAAUUGUCUACUUCAUGUCUAAUCUUUCAAGGACAGCUUCUCAAUUCUUUAUUAACUUCCUUUUUAUAUUUAUACUCACCAUGACCAUGUACUCUUUCUUUCGAGCCUUAGGAGCGUUGGUCUCGUCGCUUGACGUUGCUACAAGACUUACUGGAGUUGCAAUCCAAGCCCUGAUUGUGUAUACAGGAUAUCUCAUCCCACCCUGGAAAAUGCACCCCUGGCUCAAGUGGUUAAUCUGGAUCAACCCCGUACAAUAUUGCUUCGAAGCGAUAAUGGCAAACGAAUUCUACAAUAUGGACAUUCAAUGCGAGCCGCCUUCCAUUGUACCAGACGGCCCCAAUGCCUUGCCGGGCCACCAAAGCUGCGCAAUACAGGGCAGCACUCCGGAUUCCACAAUUGUUCGUGGUGCAAGUUACAUCCGAAGCGCUUACACAUACACGAGGUCCCACCUGUGGCGAAAUUUUGGUAUUGUGAUUGGAUGGUUUAUCUUUUUUGUUGCGCUGACGGUGCUGGGUAUGGAAAGGCAGAAGCCUAACAAGGGUGGGAUGGCGGUUACUGUUUUCAAGAGGGGCGAAGCACCAAAGGAGAUUGAGCAUGUGAUCAAAGAAAAGAAUAUGCCUGAAGAUGAGGAAACCGGUGAGCGAGAUACUGCCACGCCUCACUCGAGAAAAAAUGAGUCAGGAGACUCUAUGGAAAAGGUGGAGGGAAUUGCUGAGAAUACGUCGAUUUUCACGUGGCAGAAUGUCACUUAUACGAUACCGUAUAAGGGCGGACAAAGGAAGCUAUUGCAGAAUGUUCAGGGUUAUGUUAAGCCUGGUCGUCUUACUGCUUUGAUGGGGGCUUCUGGUUCCGGAAAAACCACACUAUUGAAUGCCUUAGCACAACGCAUUAACUUUGGAGUUGUCACAGGCACGUUUCUGGUAGAUGGAAAACCCCUUCCCAGAAGCUUCCAAAGAGCAACCGGCUUUGCGGAACAAAUGGACAUCCACGAACCCACAGCGACAGUCCGCGAGUCCCUCCGCUUCUCAGCACUUCUCCGCCAACCCAAAGACGUCCCCGUCAAAGAAAAAUACGACUACUGCGAGAAAGUCAUUGAUCUAAUGGAGAUGCGCCAAAUUGCAGGUGCCACUGUUGGUUCAAUGGGUUUUGGACUAAACCAGGAACAGCGCAAAAGGCUCACGAUUGCAGUUGAGCUGGCAAGUAAGCCGGAACUAUUGCUAUUUUUGGACGAGCCUACCUCUGGACUUGAUUCCCUGGCUGCGUUUAAUAUUGUUCGUUUUUUGAGACGAUUAGCGGAUGCUGGGCAGGCUGUUCUGUGUACAAUUCACCAACCGUCCGCUGUGCUAUUUGAUCAGUUUGAUGAGUUGCUUCUGUUGAAGGCAGGAGGUAGGGUCGUAUAUAACGGGGAGCUAGGACAGGAUUCCCAGAAGCUUAUCAGAUAUUUCGAAGAAAAUGGCGGUAAAAAAUGUCCUCCGGAUGCGAAUCCGGCAGAGUACAUGCUCGAAGUCAUCGGCGCCGGAAAUCCAGAUUACAGCGGACAGGAUUGGGCUGACGUCUGGGAAAAAUCUACUGAAUACAAAGGACUCAUGGAUGAUAUUAACCAAAUCGUCGAGUCCCGUGCUGGUAAUACAGACCAGAGAAACAAGAAUGACGAAAAAGAGUUUGCCAUGCCGCUAUGGACUCAGAUCCUGGCUACAACGAAGCGUGCUUUUAUUGCAUACUGGCGAACCCCGGAAUAUGCAUUGGGCAAGUUUAUGCUCCAUAUCUUCACCGGCCUCUUCAACACCUUCACCUUCUGGCACCUGGGAAACAGUUAUAUCGACAUGCAAUCACGGCUGUUUUCCGUGUUUAUGACGCUUACCAUCUCACCACCAUUGAUCCAGCAAUUGCAACCACGAUACCUUCAUUUCCGUGGGUUAUAUGAAUCCCGCGAAUCAAGCUCCAAAAUCUACUCCUGGGUCGCAUUCGUUGCCAGUACCAUCCUACCCGAAAUACCCUACUCCAUUGUCGCAGGGUCCAUCUACUUCAACUGCUGGUACUGGGGCACUUGGUUCCCCCGCACCUCCUUUCGCUCGGGCUUCACCUGGCUUCUCCUAAUGCUCUUCGAGCUAUUCUACGUCGGCUUCGGCCAAUUCAUUGCCGCCCUCUCCCCCAACGAGCUCUUCGCCUCGCUCCUCGUCCCCGCCUUCUUUACCUUUGUCGUGGCCUUCUGCGGUGUCGUCGUGCCCUACCGCGCGCUGCCACAUUUCUGGCAAUCGUGGAUGUACUGGCUCACACCCUUUCAUUAUCUGCUUGAGGCAUUUUUGGGGGUUGUGGUGCAUCAGGUUCCGGUGAGGUGUGUAGAGAGGGAGGAGAGUUGGUUUACGGUGCCGCCGGGGCAGAGUUGUGAGGGGUAUGCUGGGGGGUUUUUGAGGCAGGCUGGGGGUUAUAUUAGGGAUGCUGGGGGUGGGUUAUGUGCGUUUUGUCAGUAUGCGAGUGGGGAUCAGUUUGCUGCAAGUUUCAACGUCUUCUACAACCACAAAUGGCGUGAUUAUGGCAUCUUCUUUGGAUAUAUCAUUUUCAACUUCAUUGUUGUGUUUAUCAUAUCUUGGUUAUAUCUUCACGGCAUACAAGACCUGAAAAAAUGGCUGAGUGCCCGAAAGACAAGAAAGACUGUCAAGCAAUGA